GAGUGUCUUGCUUGCUUGAGUUGAAUGAAAUGAAUUGAAUGUGACAUGGCGUCGACCAAGAUAUAUCACGGAUAAUUCUUGUUUUAAUGACAGUGGCCUCUUUUAGUAUUUUAUUACUGAGGCCGUAAUAAAUCGUACAUUUGCAUUGAUGGUAAUGCAUGCAAGGAAACCGCAGCGAAUAAGCGAUGGGUACUUUGAGAAGCACCAAGCCCAUCCGUAUCAGAAAUACAAUACCAAAAGUGAUAGAAGGGCAAACGAGUAUGUACCUUCUGACAACCGAUAUACACCACUCCGAUCCCCAAAUGGCAAUGUCUCAGUACAUGGACAUGGGGCCCAUGCAGGCCAUGCGGGGCACGGACACCACCACUACAGUCAUGUGGUUGAUGAAAGAGGAUAUGCAACAUCUAGAAAUACCUAUAUACAGAAAGGUUCUGAAAAGGAGAGAGAUAGAGACUAUAAAUCCUCUAGAAAUAAGUACACAGAUAGUGUCAGAUCCCCAAAGGAGAAACGUGAGAGAAUCAAAGAAAGUGAACGAGAGAGAAGUAAUCAUGAACGAAGUGAAUCAGAGAAAAAGAAUAGGACUAGUGGCAUAAACAUAAGUGUUAAUAGAAGUAGUAAAUAUGAUAAAAGAAGUGCUCCCUCAGGGAGUGUGCCUUCUGGCAGUGAAUGGUCAGAGCAUAUUAGUUCUUCAGGAAAGAAGUAUUAUUAUAACUGUAUCAGUGAAGUGUCACAGUGGGAGAAGCCCCGGGAGUGGGACACAAGAAGGACAUCAUCCAAAGAUUCUACAUAUUCAUCCAGAAACAAUAGAGAAAAACGAUCCAGUUCUCGAUCAGGCAGAAGAGAAGUCGAGAAACCAAAUAAAAGAACCAAUAGCGGGUCGGAAAGGUACUGGAAUAACGGCGGCAGGGAGGACGACCCACACGACCGACCUCGACCAAAACUUUCGUCGGCGCCUCACGAAGGAAAAGAUGGGCAGUCUUUACAAGACAUGGACAUAUCUCCGGACCGGAGUACGCCACUAUCCGAGAACUCGUACGGCGGGCGAGACGGCAACUCCGCGGCGCGGAACAACGCGGACAACAACGCGGUGCCGCCCGUCGUCGUGCUCGACAACUCUAACCAACCGAGCGGCUCGUUGCUGGCGGCGGCCUUGCCUCGAAUCGUGGCGGCGCCGACGGUGUCGAUGCCGCCGGCGGCCACGGCGACCACGGCGGCGGCGCCCGCGUCCACGCCGGCCAACAACGGCGGCGCCACGCCCGAGGGCAGCGGCGGCGGCUCGCCGCACCGCGACGCCGGCCCGCCCACGCCCACGCACUCGGAGAACACCGACCCGCACGCGCCGCCGCUGCAUCUCGAUACGGCGCUGCCCCGGAAAAUGGAGUGCCUGGGCAGCUACUCGUCGGUGGUGGGCGGCGCGCUGCACCACCCGCAGGCGCCCGCGCUCACGCCCUCGCUCGUCAACUACGUGCGCGCCGACCUCACGGCGCACGUCUCCGGCUGGCCCGCCGACAUCCUCGAGAAACAGGCAAAUAAAUACACUGAAGAAGCCUAUCAACUGGGGUGUCUACAGUGCACGCGCGUGUCCGCCGAGCUGAAGUGCUCGCGCUCGCUCGUACGACACACCGAGAUACAAGCCACCUUACAAGAGCAAAAGAUCAUGUACCUGCGGCAGCAGAUCUCGCGGCUGGAGGAGCUGAAGUCGCAGAACUCGUUCAUGUCGUCGUCGGAGGACUAGGGUCGUGCGCGGGGCGCCGAGCCCGCCGCGCCCGACUCCGCGCCCGCGCCCCGCCCCGCCCCGCCCCCGGCUAGCGCCCUCCGCGCCCACGUGACGUGAGGACCUUUUCAUUUACCUAUCAAUGCUAAACAUUGUUCAUUCCGUUCUCUUUCUAUGUAAUUUAGAUCGAAUGAUUACUGUUAAAUGUGUUGUGUGAUUUGGUGUUAAAAUCUAAGCAAUUGUUCUCGUGAAAAUCGGCACGAUUGGUCAAAUUGGGUUUAAACUAUUAUUUUACAAUUCUAUGACAUGUACAUGAUUAUUAUUAAUGAAUGACAUGAAUGGUAGGUAAGUCUAUGGUACGUUGAAGUGAGCGAGCGAGCUCCCGCGCCGCUCUCCGUUCACUAAUUAGACUGACUGUUCACUUCACAUUUAUUUUUAUUUAUUAUAUUUUUAAUUGCAUUGAGAAUCGUCAGGCGGCUUCUUAAACUUAAUUUGGUUCCCACUAGUAAGAUAUGUGUCUUUUUGCUAUGAAUAGUACGGUCAAAGAAUUUAGAUUCAGUACCAUGUCGUACCUUGUCACAGCAACAAUAGUAUGAGGUUCCUAGCGACUUUCAUAUUGAUUGUCAUUGUAACAAUAAGAAAUGGUACGGAAAUUAAAUUCUUUAACUGUACAUGCGUUACUAAACACAGUCUUUGAAACAAGUCACUCUUGUUUCAUUUGACGUCUAGAGGAUUUGUUUAAUAAUGUUAAGUGAUGUACAUGUUCGUUAACAUAUUAUCGUAUGAGGAGAACCAGACUAUGUUAGUAUUCAGUCUCAUUCAGUCCAGUUUCCUGGCGGCUCUUAAUGUCUGUUUCUAUGACUUGGCAUUUUUAUAUUUAGAUUUUGAAUACACGUAGAUAAUUCUUUGCAUGAUAACUUUUUCAGUUGGGUCACUUUUAUAAUAUUUUAUUAUUAAACGAUAAUUUCGGUCAUAUGUAAGGAUACAGUGAUUUUAUAAAGUGUUUAUUGUAAAAGAAUAAAUUAUUGAAAUAAUUGUUUCAUAGGAAAUUUAUUAUUUUUCUAAUAGUUCCGACUGUCCCCGCGAAAGUUCCUUUGACAGUGAUAAGCCUAUUUACUUACCAAAAUAUAUCUUUAUAAAAAGAGUAUAAUUGAUUAAAUGUGAGCUCAGUGGUGGGGCCAGGCGCCGCGCGGAAUGGAACUGUCGCGCGAACAGCGGGUUAGGUGUAGUGACCAGAGAACGGUUAUGUGAAAUGUAUGAAUUGAUCGCGGACACUGUUUAGAAGCAUGUGUGAGAGGCAGCCCCGGCGUUUAUCGAGGGGACCGUGAGCUCUGUGUGUGAGGGCCCUUUGCGCUUUCUGUUUACUGUCGGCGAUAUUGUACGCAAUACGUGCUCAGUUAAGGGCUAAGCCGCUAAUUACAUUGAAACCAAAGUUAAAUAAAGUGCACGAGCCGUUGAAUGUAAACCAAUGAAAACCGAUAAUUUCUACACGUAAUUUUUGUUCCUAAUUAUAAAUUUCCUUAUGCCGUAGAUGAAAUUUUAUAAAUUACUGUAAAUAUUGAUAAAAUAAAAAGUACUCUGAAGCAGAUAAUUGUAGCACCUUCGUUUUUCAUUUUACUGGACUGCUUAAGCCAGUACGCUACGAGAAAUGCAGAAACAGUUACUAGUCUCUAGUAUUAAAGUUAAUGAUUUUUCGGUAGAUGUCAAUAAAAGAUUUUAAUUGAUUAUAUUUUUACCAAUCAUUUCCAAUUAUAACAAAUACAAAACAAUAAACACAAUAGACUACAAACCAGAUAAUAGACUUAAAAUUCAGUAUCCAUGAGAUAAUUUUAUAUGGCAUUUUUAACACCCUAAUCUGGGGUAGUAUAUGAAUAUUAAAUUUUUGUAAAGAAACUGUCGAGGAGUUGGUGAAGGAGCUGGGUUAUUGUUACGGCUGAGUAUUAACGCAGUACUGCACUGCCCUGCAUCCAACUUGCAUUGCUUCUCCCCAUUAUUUUUAAUCUAAAGGGGCCCACUGAUUAACAGUCCGCCGGACGGUAAGGCCUGUCAGUUGUUCGGAACUGUCAAAAUUUUGUUCUAACUGUCAGGCCGUUAUCGUCCGGCGGACAGUCAAUCAGUGGGCCCCUUCAGGUUCUGGAUAUACUACGUACGCUUUUGGAUAUGUUGUAACUAUACGGAGUUUCCGUACCCUGCAUUAAUACAAUUUAAAAUUUUAGAAUAUUAAAUUUAUUUUGGAGAACGUAUUAUUAAGAAGGUCCAGUAAAAAAUGAUAGUCUUCAAAAAAGGUAACCAGCGUCCUCUUUGUAUGGCUAAUUCGAAUAAAAAAGACACCCGAAAAAGCUUGGCAAGUAUUGUUUAAAGAAAUGUUAGAAUCACGGAGUCCGAGAUGGUGAUGUGUAGGCAUAUAGUGCGGCCGGCGCGGCCGUCCCCGAGGUCAGGGUCCUCACCCCGCAAGCUGUGUACGCUAGCACGUAUCAAUACGAGUGUGUAUCGCCGGCGCAUUUUCAUAACUUUUAGCAAAUAUUAGAUAGACAUCGAUCGCAUGACGGACGUUAUCCACGUAGUUACACCAAUGUUCAUUUUGACCAAUCAAAUGUAUAAACUAUGUAAAAAGCAGGUAUUUUGUAAUAAUAAUUGAUUGUAACCAGAAAUUCAUGUAGGUAUUAGUUGAUUUUUAAGGAAAUCAUAUAAGCUUAAUUUGUUAAUCACAAUAAUUUGCAUGCUUUGUGAUUACCAAAGUGCAAACAGACGAGGGACAAUUUAAUUUGUAUCAACGUCUAGGAAACAUUUGAAUAAAGGAGUAAUUAGCAAAAGGUUAGUUAGUGGUAAAUUCUGGUCUAGGUUUUUAUUUUUCUAAUAAUUAGGGCUAAAUAUUAUAAUUUAAUUCAACUGCUAAAUUUUGCCACCAACCUAUGUAAAUGAAAUUAGCAGAGAUAAGUACUGUGAUAUUCAUUCACUUUCACGCGUUAAAUAAAAUAGUAAUACAUAUGUAGUUUAUGUUGUUUAAGUCUGUGUGGAGUUGUCUAUUUUAAUUAGACCACGCUGUUUGUAAUGAAGACUUAACGGCCAAGUCCAACCUUCAUACAGUCUCGUGCUAAUGUGACGUCAAAUAAUUCCGACUGGAUUGUUUUACGAGUCUGUAAACAACACUACAGUAAUCAUACCAGUAUAAUGAUUAAUGACAUUAGAUGCUUGUUCAAGUUGAUAUAGUUUUAGGCGUCAACCUUUACCUAAAAUAGUUGAUACAUGAAUUUUAUUUUAGUACACAAUUAUUCCCGGGUUUAUUAACAUGCAAUGCCUUUGAAACUCAAAAUUUAUGUACAAGCAGGUAUAUGAUGGAAGUAUUUAUGGUCAAUUCUUCACAAAGUUGUUAAUUUUUCAGAAUUCAAAUAGGUACGCGUCAUUGUUUAGACUUUAAUUAGUUUAUUGGUUAUGUGGAACUACUCGUAAUUGUGUAAAAAACGUUGCUCAUGCUAUUGGAACAUUCGGAACUGUAUGAAGGUUAGGCUCUCUUGUUGUGUUUUGUUAGCAGAGUCCAAAUUUUUCACCACUUUAAAUAAAACGGGAUUUCACAUACUAGCAGAAGUUGAGAGUAGGUUUAGAGGUUUUGACCAACCAACGCGCAAUGUCAACAAAAUAGUUUGAGUAUUGUUAUGCAAAUAUAUAAUGUUGAUAACUAGUUCACUUUUUCACUCGUGUUUGCUAACGCAAUUAAAAUUAGUGAAAUAGUGAUAGUUUUUGUGAAAUCCCGUAGACUAUAAAGAAAUGAAAAUCGAAAUGAAGGACCCUGUUUAGCGGUGACAAGGUGUUGGUCUCCCGUUCAGACCAUGGGCCGCAUCGCAGGCCUCGUCAGGUAUUUAGUGGAAAAGCUUCAGUCCGUGUGGUGGCUUAUGGCGCGAAUAGGAGACCAGAGCCUAAUACCUCAUGUGCAAACCUCGCAACCGAGCAGUCACCUCUAGCAUUUGCACAGUCAUCAUCCAAUACAUAGUGACGGCUAAAGUGGCCAAAAACAUCGGAACACAAAUCCUUAUUUCAAUAGUAACAAAGGCGUGUUACGAUGUAUUUGGCCACAAAAGCCGUUACUAUUAACAUAUUUGACGCUGACGUCAAGGGUGAUGGGUAUACGAAAUAAUUAAAUGAAAAUAGAGUUGGAAGGAUGUAGUGAGUGAUGAGUGAGUCCAAGUUAUCCGAGCACGAUGUCGUGGACAGGGUGAAGUGGAGAAGGUUAAGCAGUAAAAUUGUUAACACCUCGCAAUCCUUUUGAUUUUUAUAUUUUUAGCUGUUCGUACCUACAUGUUGAUUACGAUCGACUUGGACUGUCCGGUUGCGGGGUAUGGUGCCACGUAUAUCACCGUGUCAUAGCACGUCGGAUCGGCUGUAUGGUCUCAAUGGUUCCCCGCUCGGAGGGCAGGCACGUGUAGCGACACGUGCCCGCGGAGUACCUGUCCACAGCCCGCCGUAAAUUCUAGUUUAAUUGUAAUUUAUACAGACUGCGAUAUGUAUCGCCUCCACAUUAGGCUUGCCUAUUAAUUAUUUCUUUUUCAUGUUCUACAUAACAUCGUAACUUUUGUUUUCUGACUUUGUUUGAAAUAAGAAGUUUUAACCAGUUUAAAUAAAUCCGUUUCAAAAUUA